AUGGAUGCUCUAAACCAAACGAGAGUGACUGAAUUUGUCUUCUUGGGACUCACCGAUAACUGGGUGCUGGAGAUAUUACUUUUCAUGGCAUUCUCAGUCAUGUAUGUGCUAACCCUUUUGGGGAAUGUUCUCAUCAUGGCUACCAUAGUCUUUACUCCACGUCUUCAUACCCCCAUGUAUUUCUUCCUGAGCAAUCUGUCCUUUAUUGACAUCUGCCACUCAUCUGUCACCAUGCCCAAGAUGCUAGAGGGCUUGCUUUCAGAGAGAAAGACGAUUUCCUUUGACAACUGCAUUGCACAGCUCUUCUUCCUACAUCUAUUUGCCUGUGCUGAGAUCUUUCUGCUGACCAUUAUGGCCUAUGAUCGUUAUGUAGCCAUCUGUGCUCCAUUGCACUAUCCCAAUGUGAUAAACAUGAAGGUCUGUGUGCAGCUUGUCUUUGCUCUCUGGUUGGGGGGUACUGUUCACUCGCUGGCGCAGACCUUCUUGACCAUUCGCCUACCUUACUGUGGCCCCAAUGUUAUUGACAGCUACUUCUGUGAUGUUCCUCCGGUCAUCACGCUGGCCUGCACAGACACACACCUCACAGGGAUGCUGAUUGUGUCCAAUAGUGGAACCAUCUCCCUUGCGUGCUUCCUGGCUUUGGUCACCUCCUACAUGGUCAUCUUGGUUUCUCUUAGAAGACAGUCAGCUGAAGGGCGCAGGAAAGCCCUGUCUACCUGUUCCGCCCACCUCAUGGUGGUUGCCCUCUUCUUUGGACCAUGUAUCUUCAUCUAUACUCGGCCAGACACCAGCUUCUCCAUUGACAAGGUGGUAUCUGUCUUCUACACUGUGGUCACUCCUGUGCUGAAUCCCCUCAUUUACACCUUGCGGAAUGAGGAAGUAAAAAUUGCCAUGAAGCAUCUCAGACAGGGACAAGUGUUUUUCAUGAAAUCAUGUACAUGA